ACUCUUUUUUUUGUAAGUAAUAUUUGUGUUUUCAGUUGUGUUACUUGUUUACGGAGUGCAAUUUUUAAGCUCGAACAUUCAUAGUUUAAGGUCAAUGAUUUUUGUCUCGUAGAAUUAACAACAUGCUCUCUGUCUGUAAUACAACGUAAAGCUUAGCAGCCACUUAUCCUGAUAUUGUGGACUGCCAGUUGCCAUGGAGUAAGCUCAGGUAGCUUGCAUCGUCAAAUUUGUCUUUUUAAUUUAAUAGUUGAGAAUACGGGGAUACUAAGUAGGAAUAGUAGCCUAUGUCUCCAGAGGAUGAACUCCACAGUCCCCCUCUUGGUUUCAGCUCUACCAGGGAGGAUGUUAGUCUCAGCUGUGCUGAUCUCGCUACCUCUCAGGAGCCAUGGAGAAGAAACAGAGCCCACAGCAGUCUCCAAACAAGAACCCCAGAGGCUGACAUCAAUUGCUGUGGAAACUUUGCUGUGGAUGGAAAAAGCAAUUUCCUGAAAAUAUUGACAGAUGCAGAAGCAGCUGCAAACUCUGCUGCCAUACAGCUCGUGUCUUUUAAAGAUGCCAUGGAGGAUGGAUUCACAGAUUCAAGGCAGUGUGCCACAGACAAACGUAGAAUUAUAAGGCAGAGAGGACUUUUGCUGGAGAAGUUGGAGGACUUCAGAAGAAUGAAUAAGUCUGUCCGACAGAAACUGAAACAGCUCCAAGAGACAGAGGCUCAACAAAUUGAUGCAGACCACCAAAUUGAUAUUUUAUUGAAGAAGCUCUCUCAGGCCGAGAGUGAAAAUGAGCGUUUAAAAAGAGACUUGAGCGAGACGGAGAGGAGAGUGGAGGACCUGAUGGCUGAGCGGAGAGAAGAGCAGGAGAACAUUAAAGGUACCGUCCACAUCACCAAGUCUUUGGAGGCAACUCGUGCUCACCUGCAGGGGCAGCUACGCAACAAGGAGGCGGAAAACAAUCGCCUGACUGUGCAGCUACGGACUUUAGAGAGAACCUUAACGGAGCAAAAGUUGGAGGUAGACGAUCUGAAAGUGUCCAUCACGUCUUUGACUGAAAAGGCAGCACAAGACAAGCUAUCCCUCAAAAAAGCCACGCGAGCACAGAAACUGAGAGCUGAGAGGUUCGAGGUCGCCAUUGAGAAAUGCUAUGAACAAUUGAGAGAAAAGGAUGCUCAGCUGGCAAACGCCCGCUCAGAAAGAGACUCGAGGAGUAAACAAAAGGAGCAGAUGACAGAUGAGAACAACCAACUUUUAGCUCAUAUAGAGAUAUUGAAAAGCCACAUUGCAGACGUGACAGGGAGGCUGCAGAAGGAGAAGGACGAGCUCAACGCAGCCAACGAAAUUGUGAUGCAACGAGUUGAAAAACUCGGCGCUGAAAAUGGAGAGCUCAGCGUCAAUAAUGCAACACUGAAGGCGUCAGUGGCGGAGUUGGAGCAGCAGCUGGCUGAUUCUGAGUCGGCCCUGAUAGAAGAGAAGAUCGUGUCCCAGGAGAGGAAACAUCAAACUGAGAAGUGCCAGUUUCAGGCUGCAGAGCUUCAAUUCGAGGUAGAGGAUCUGAGGAUGAAAUAUGCAAAUCUUUUAAGAGAGACAGAGAAGACGAGAGAUGAGAACGAUUCAGAAGUUGAGAAGGUGAGGCAGGAGCUGCAGAGGCGUGUGGAGGAGCUGAAGUCGUUACCAGAGUUACUGAGCUCAGCUGAGCAGAGUCUCUUCGAGUGCCAGGAGAACCUGCGGCGCUCAGAGAGGAAGUGCUCAGAACAGUCAGAGUCCGUUAGGCAACUGCAGGUUAAGAUGGAGAGUCAGACUAAACUGCUGUCAUCCUCUGUGGAAAUGAAGAACUCCAUCCAUGAGGCCAAUUUACAAAUACAAGAGAGGGUGAAUUCUGUCCAAAAACAGAUGGAGAAUCUGCAGCAGGAAAACCUGGAGCUGGUUCGGAGACUUGCGGGUCAGGAGGAAGCUCUCAGCUACAGCAACCGACAGCUGGACCAGCGCUCGUCGGAGUGUCAGGCCCUCAGCCGGCAGCUGGAGGCGGCUUUAUCAGACGUCAAACAGCAGGUCAACAAGGUCAAAGGCCGAGCUGUUUCGAGAGAGGAGGCCCUUCAGACUAGAAUCCUGGAGCUGGAAGCCGAGAAGAGCCGAAGAGAUAACGAGCUGCGGCUUCUUCGUCAGAAAAAGAUCACUGCAGAGAAACAGUUUGAGGUGCGUCUGAAGGACCUGCAGAUCAGCCUUGACCAAUCAGAGAGCCACAAACAAAGCAUUCAGAACUAUGUGGAUUUUCUGAAAAACUCGUACACCACAAUGUUUGAUGAGGGACUGCAGACGACAACUUUUGGAUCGUCGUAUUUUCUAAAGUGA